AUGAGUACCCAUCCGGAAUCAUCUGAAAGGCCCGCAACAUCAUCAACUGAUUUGGCAAAUCUGGGAGCUCAGCUGAGCGAGGUUCUCAACCGGUUUAAUGAGCUAAGUGUUGAAAUGAUGGCCCAACGGCAUGUAAUCGAUCAAUUGGUAGCUAGUGGCGCUAGCGGUGAGCAGCAACAUGCACCCUUACCCCCGGGCCAAUCUGAACCAAUACUCUUACCAUAUGCUCAAAUCUCGGUUUCUUCACAAGCUAUGAAUCCACCCGAAGAAACCUUUACUUAUCCCACUCAUGGCCCACCACCUACAUAUGCACCUCACAUCCAAACUAAUCCUCCUCAAGUCCAAAUUUCCCAGAAUUAUCCGCCCAUUACUGUGAGCAUGCCUUUCGAACCACAAGGACCACAUUAUUACGCCACCGCUGAACCAUUCACCCUAGAUACCGCCGUUCAAGGGAAAACUGAAGUUGGGGGGUCGUCCGUGCCCGUGGACAAGAAUUUACUAAAGAGAUUGGAUCGGUUCGAGGAGUUUAUAAGGAAAAGCCAAGGUGUGAGCAAACAAGGAGGUUUGGACUACAACGAGCUGUGCCUGUUUCCGGAUAUGCAGUUGCCGGUGGGUUUCAAAGCACCCAAAUUUACCAAGUACGACGGAACGGGGAAUCCCAAAACCCACCUUCGGAUAUUUGCAAACAAGCUGGGAAGACCAAUAGACGAUGAGAAUCUGCCAGUACGCUUAUUUCCCGAGAGUUUAGAAGGCGACGCGUUGGAUUGGUAUUCCACUUUGAAGCCUGAAGAUAUGAAAUCUUGGAUGGAUUUAUCGACUGCUUUUGUGAGGCAGUAUGAAUAUAAUUGUGAGCUCGCUCCGACGAGGACCACAUUGGAGGGGACCAAGAGGAAGCCAUUGGAGGACCAUAAGACAUAUGCGAAGAGAUGGAGGAAAUUGGCCGCCAAAGUGGAGCCGCCUAUGACUGAAAAUGAGAUUGUUCGCACGUUUAUUAAAGCUCAUGACCCACCCUACUUUGAAGAGAUUUUCCAGUAUGACGAGUUUAUAAGGGCAGGCAAGAUUGUUAAUGUUUCAGCUUUAAAGUCACAGUUGGAAGCUAUGCAGAGUCAGAGUGGCAGUAGUAAAAAGGCUCAAUUUAAGAAGAAAGAUGAGGAAGCCUCUUUUGUCUGGGACCAGGGUUUUUCUUCUCGGCCUAGAUACCAACAAAAUCCCACCUACUCACCUUGUUACUUAUAUCAACCACACCCACGCCCUGUUUACAAUACCACUAUCAACCACCCCCGUCCUCGACCAAAUUAUCCAAACACACCAUCGACGCCAUUUCAUGUUUCCCCACCAAACUUGCAAAUUAGACCUCGCCCUCCUUUUAACCCAAGACCUAUUCCAUCUCCUAACCCAAGUUACCAGUACCAACAAACUCGUGACACCCAAAAUCCAACUCCAUACCGAACCUUUACCAAUCUAGGUCGACCUGUUGACCAGUUAUAUGAGCAAUUAAAAGCUGCUGGGAAGAUUGGUACGGUACCCCCUAAGACCUAUCCCAGGGGAUUUCCCCCUGGUUAUGAUCCUCAAUCGUUUUGCGCUUAUCAUUCGGGAUCCCCUGGACAUCCGACGGCCAAUUGCUGGGCACUUAAGCAUAAAAUUCAAGAUAUGAUUGAUGCUGGAGACAUAAUUCUGAAAAGGAAAGAUGAACAAGGGCCAAGUGUUAGCAACAAUCCUUUUCCUCAGCACAAGGAUACUGUGGGGACUAUCACCAUAGAGGAAGGGAUUGAGGACCCUACACAGUACAUUGUAGACGAGGCCGAGAUCAUGGGGGUCAUUGGAGAACCGUUUAUAUUGGAGGAGGAAGCCUAUAAAGUUGAAGAGAAUACUGAUCCUUUUAUUUUGGAAAUGAUACCCUUCGAAUGUGAGCCUUCGGAACUCGUGGUACUUGAAUUGCCUGAGCAAACUCCUGUUCUUAAUUUACAAGAGGUCCCGUGGAAUUAUAGCGAACCUACACUGUUAAUUGGAGAGAAGAAGGUGCCUAAGAAGGAAGUGGAUGCCAUCACUAGAUCAGGGAGAAUCAUAGGGGAGCCUGCAGUUGAUGAGUCCUCAAAAGCAAAAGAAGGUGCUACACCAACGAAACACAUAGUGACGGAUGAAGAGGCUUUUAAUUUCCUUAAGAUGUUAAAGAAGAGUGAGUAUAAGGUAGUCGAGCAAUUGAACAAGAUGCCCGCUCAAAUUUCCAUGUUAAAUCUGCUCUUAACCUCGGAACUUCACCGAGAGGCCCUAGUCAUGGUCUUAACUGAGGCUCAAGUGCCUAAAAAUAUUCCAAUUGACAAAUUCGCCAAUGUAGUUGAACAUGUUUUGGCUUCCAGUCGGAUUUCUUUUUCUGAUGAAGAUCUAACUGCCGAGGGGAUUGGACACAACAAAGCUUUGUAUAUCUCAGUCCGCUGUAACGGGAAACUCUUGCCAAAGGUUCUGAUAGACAAUGGCUCCGCUCUAAAUAUCUGCCCUUGGGAUACUUUGGUUAAGUUAGGAUUUCAAGAGACUAAAUUGCGGCCGUCAACCACUGUGGUGAGAGGAUUUGAUGGCGCAAAAAGUGAACCAAUGGGGGAAGUGGAUUUAGUGAUCGAAAUCGGACCUGCCCAGUUUCAGGUCAUGUGCCAAGUCAUGAAUUUUUCAAGUGUUUAUAACAUUCUCCUUGGACGGCCUUGGAUUCACACCUCGGGCGCUAUACCCUCUUCACUUCAUCAGUUGCUAAGGUUUGUGGUGAAUGAUCAAUUGAUCACAGUUUUUGCAGAGGAUGAUUGCACAAUGAUUGUUAACUCUGGACCAAAUGAGGAGGAUAGUAAAACAUCUCUGCUUUCUUCUCAUCAUGUGGCUGACAUUGUUUCCGUAGGAUGGAUAUCUAAGGAGAAGCCCGUGGCGGAAAUGAAUCUGCCAGAAGCUAGUGUUAUGAUGGCUAAAGAGAUGAUUCGAGGAAGAUAUGAGAUGGGCAAGGGCCUCGGGCGCAACCUGCAGGGAGUUUUGGAGCCAAUAGAACUUCAAGGAAAGAAGGAUACUUUCGGAUUAGGGUUUCAACCUACUGCCAGGGAUAAAAAAGAAAUGAUGAAUCGUAAAAAGGCGGAGAAGGAAGGAAGGCAGCUUAUCAUGAAUAUCCCACCAUUGUAUUGUACUUUUCCUUACCCAUCAGAGGUGAUCAAAUCUGAAGUAGACCCGAUCGAGGAAGUGGAGGUUGGGUUAUCUGAGCUAUUUGUGGGGGUUAUUUCUGAAAGGGAGCCGUUGGAGGACCCAGGAUUUCCAGAGGUGCCUAUUGAAGCAAUGAAGAACUGGACCCAAAUUCAAGACGAGAGCGAUAACGAGGAAGAAUCUGAAUCUUUAUUAAAGGAUUUUGAACAAUAUGAGGAGAAAUCCAAACCGAACUUAGAAGAAACAGAAGCUGUAAAUAUUGGCACUGAGACUGAAGUUAAGGAGAUAAAAGUUAGCAUUCAUUUGAAUAAGAAACAGAGAAAAGAGAUGAUUGAGUUCUUGACCAUGUUUCAAGAUGUAUUUGCCUGGUCCUAUGAUGAUAUGCCAGGAAUUUCAACAGAUAUAGUGGUCCACCGAUUACCGACUGAUCCAAGUUUUCCACCAGUAAAGCAGAAACCUCGCAAGUUUAAGCCGGAUAUGAGCCUCAAAAUUAAGGAGCAAAUCGAGAAACAGCUCAAUGCUAGAAUUAUUAUGGUGUCUCAUUAUCCCAUUUGGCUUUCAAACCCUGUACCUGUUCCGAAGAAAAGUGGAGAAGUGCGAGUAUGUGUCGAUUACAGGGAUCUUAACAAGGCCAGCCCGAAAGAUGAUUUUCCAUUGCCGAACAUUCAUAUUCUUUUGGAUAAUACUGCAGGGCAUGAGAUUGAAUCAUUUGCUGAUUGUUUUGCUGGAUAUCACCAGAUCUUAAUGGCUGAGGAGGAUAGGGAGAAAACUGCUUUUAUCACGCCAUGGGGGACAUUUUGUUACCGAGUAAUGCCGUUUGGACUAAAAAAUGCAGGCGCUACUUAUCAAAGGACUAUGACCACCCUUUUUCAUGAUAUGAUUCAUAAGGAGAUGGAGGUUUAUGUGGACGAUAUCAUUAUCAAAUCCGAGAGAACGGAGGAUCAUUUGAUUGACUUGGGGAGGUUAUUUGAAAGAUUGAGGAAAUAUGAUUUAAAACUAAACCCUGCAAAGUGUGCAUUUGGGGCCCCUGCCGGAAAGUUAUUGGGAUUCAUUAUCAGUAAGAAGGGUAUUGAGAUAGAUCCGGCAAAGAUUAAGGCCAUUCGUGAGAUGCCAGUGCCAAGAACGCAAAAAGACGUGAAGAGUUUUUUAGGAAAGAUUAAUUUUAUUGGGAGAUUCAUUGCCCAAUUGACCCAUACGUGUGAGCCUUUGUUCAAAUUAUUAAAGAAAAAUGUGUCCUUGCAAUGGAAUGAGGAAUGCCAGCAAGCGUUUGAUAAAAUUAAAGAUUACCUGUUGCACCCCCCGGUUUUAGUGCCACCCAAACCCGGGCGACCUUUGAUCAUGUAUCUGUCGGUGUUGGACGAAGCUAUGGGGUGUGUAUUGGGACAACAUGACGAAUCGGGGAAGAGGGAGCAAGCUAUCUAUUACCUUAGUAAGAAGUUCACUGCGUAUGAGGCCAACUAUUCUUUUCUUGAGAGGAGUUGCUGUGCUCUAGCUUGGGCCGCCAUCAAAGGCCAGGCUGUGGCCGACCAUUUAGCUGAAAAUCCGCUGAAAGAUGACUAUCAACCACUUCACACUUAUUUUCCGGAUGAGGAGGCCUUGUUCGUGGGUAUAGCAGAAGAUAUGAAUGAUCAAUGCCCGGAGUGGAGGUUGUUCUUUGACGGUGCAUCAAAUUCCUUCGGGGCCGGUAUUGGAGCUGUUCUAGUAUCGCCUGAAGGAAAACAUUACCCUGGUUCGGCCAAACUCCGAUUUUCCUGUACUAACAACAUGGCUGAAUAUGAAGCUUGCAUUUUUGGGUUAAAAAUGGCAUUAGAAAUGGAGAUUAAGGAUUUACUAGUAUUCAGUGAUUCAGAUUUGCUUGUACAUCAGACUCUUAAGGAGUGGAUUACUCGGGAUUCAAAGAUCUUGCCCUAUCAUUGCAACUUACUGGAGUUAGCCAAUAAAUUUAGGAGUUUGGAGUUUCGGCAUAUUCCUCGUGUCAGAAAUGUCUUCGCCGAUGCAUUGGCCACUUUAUCUUCAAUGAUCCAACAUCCGGAUGAGUUAAUAAUUGAACCCAUCCAGAUUCAUCUACAAGGGAAACCUGCUCACUGCCUAGUUGUGGAAAAGUCUUCCGAUGGCCGUCCCUGGUACAAUGAUAUCAAGGAAUUUCUCAAAACAGGAUCCUACCCAUCUGGGGCUGAUAUGACUGCCAAAAGUUUCUUGCGUAGAUUAUCAUCUAAAUUCUUCUUGAAUGGAGAAGUAGUAUACAGAAGAACGUCGGAUUUGGGCCUUCUGAGGUGUGUUGACGAAGAUGAAGCGGAAUACCUGAUGAAAGAAGUACAUAGUGGAGUGUGUGGAUCACAUAUGAAUGGCCAUUUAUUAGCAAAGAAGAUCAUGAGGACUGGAUAUUUUUGGCUUACUAUGGAGCGAUCCCGUGCAAAGAGACCAAACAGUACUAUACUUGUAUUAAAGGCUAGACGGACACAAAUUAAUGGAAGGGGAGAAGAUGGAGAAGGGGAGAGUAUGUGUAACAGGUGGAACUGGAUUUUUGGCAUCAUGGUUGAUCAAAAGGCUUCUUCAAGAUGGUUAUUCUGUCAACGCUACAAUUAG